AUGACUAUGGACACCACUAGCUUCAAGCAGCCCAAGCUGGAAAGCGUCAGAUCUGGGGCUGUUCACAAGUUUGUGUGGAACAUUCGGGAGAUCAAGGAGUGUCAGCGGGAAAGCGCCGAGGAGGUCCUCAAACUUUUGAACGACGAGUGGCAAGGAGGUCAUAUUUCUUUAACUGUGCAAGAAUAUCGGGAUGAAGUUGCAGAAUUAGAAAGGGCAAUCAGCACCGUAACAACCGACCUCAUCGUGCUUCACACAUCCUAUCAUGAGAUAUGUGGAAGAAUUAAGGACUGGGCUACUUGGGGAAAGAGUGAAGAUACCCAGGACUGGGAAUAUCUUGAUUCGUUGAUCAGACAAUACUACAAGAUGCCACACGGAGCACGACGUACUCUCUUUACCAAAAGAGAAAAACACGCCCAGGAUCGGUUUCGAGCAGACGUGCUUGAAGCGUACGACGCCUUCGAUGACGAAGGUGCAGUAUGGUGCGUAAUCACUGGAAAACAUCUUUAUCCCCGCAGUGUCAAAGCCACCCAAAUUGUCAGGUAUAAUGUGGGUGAAGUAACAGCUGCACACCUUUUCGGGCCCCCAGAUUCUAGGGAUGGUCAUUUAAUGGGAACCAAAAAUGCGUUCCCAGUUCACGAAUAUUAUGAAAAGCUGUUUGACGAUGGUGGAUUGGUCAUUGUGCCCGAUACAGAAGCAGGCCCCGAUUGCUGGAAGACGCAAUGGCUAUAUGGCGAGAACGAGUGGAGGCCAGGCGGUGGCGAUCUUCUCCCAAGUGGUCAAGAGCUUCACAAUCGGCCAUUGAAAUUCAAAAAUGACUUCCGGCCGGCGGCAAGGUAUCUCUACUUUGCGUAUUGCAUGGAUCUUCUUCGCCGCCAACGCCAUGAGGCCCCCGGAUGGUGGAAAGGUAAAGGUCGGUUCAAUACGGAAACCAACAGCGUCUGGGCAACGCCGGGCGACUACAUGCGAACGUCAGCUCUACGGAUGCUUGCACGCAGAAUAGGUCAUUUGGAAGAGAACGAAGCCCUGGCCUUUUCAGGAGAGUCGGCGGCCGACAUUGCUGGCAGCAACGAGCGUGCGGACAGUGUCCACUCUGACAUUGCCUCUCAGGCUCCCUGA